UUAUUACAGAAUAAAGGAAAAAGUCAUCUUUCACAUGGUUCUCCCCAUACAAAAAUUUGUAUAUCAAAAUAUUCUGUAACUUCAUGUAAAGUUUGUAAAAUUGAAUGUGAUAAGUUAAAUUCACAGAACUCCAAUAGGAAUGAUAACACGGAUAUGGGCGACCUGAGGAAAUGCACCCUAGAUAAGUUUCGAGAAAGAUAUUAUUCAAUGUUGACAGGGGAUGCGUUAAAUUCCUUCAGUUUUUCUCCUGGUUGUGCCAAGAGAUGUUUUGCUCUCACAUCAGAUUCAUUUCAUCAUAGUAGGUCACUGAGUAGUAGCUGGUCAUUAUUUAAUUUUCUUGGAGAAGGUCAACAAACAUCAUUUUAUAUCCAAAAUCUAAAUAAAGCAAUUGUUACAAUUAAUGCAAAGACCACAGAGAUUCUGGUUGUAAACAAAAUGGCCUGUAGAUUACUUGGACUUAAUAAUGAACAAUUAAAUGGCAAACAUUUAUGCGACUUUUUCGUCAGCAAAUCUGGAGAAUAUAUUUUAACAGAAACUGAAUUAGAAUCAUCUGGAGAACUUAUUGUAAUGUCAGGAAAAGUGAUGGAUCUGAAAGAUGGCCAUAACCAGGUUAUUCCUGUAUCAGUUUGGAUGCGAAGGUUAGCUGUAGACAUUGAACCUCGCUGCUUAGUUGUUAUGGAGCCAGUAGAGAGGACUACUUCCAGGGUUACUUUUAAUGGAAAGGGUAUCAUUGCUGACUGUGAUAAAAAUCUGGCCAUUAUUCAUGGUUAUUCCUCACCAAAUGAUCUCAUUGGUCUUAAUAUAACAGAAUUAAUACCAUCACUACUUUUACCAUUAGGUGUUGUUGCUGGUAGAAAAUUACCUAAGGAAGUUAAGAAGCAAAGUGCAACAGGUCGAACAAGAGAUGGCAGUACAUUUCCACUCACAAUUUUUAUCGAACCAAUUGAUUUUAAUGGAAUUACAGACAUUAAAGAUUCAAAUAAUGAUAAAAUUAAUGAACAUUGUGUCUAUUGUGGUAUAAUAUGGGUUUUUGCUAAUAUAAGUGGAAUGAUCACUAUAUUUCCUGAUGGAAACAUUCAUAGUUGCAAUACAAAUUUUUCUUUGAUGUUAUUUGGUUAUACAUCAUCCCAGUUAGUUGGAAAGAGCAUUACAACAUUAAUACCAAGUUUUUAUGACGAUUUGGAAUUUUUGGAGUGCUCUAUGCAGCUUCCUUCAUUUGAUGACGACGACGACGAUUCAUGUGCACAUUGUACAUCAGAUGGAAGGACAACUGCUGAUUCAUUUGUAACUUAUCCACCAAGACCUGUUAAUCCACUUGGAAAACAGAUAGAAUUCAUGAUAGAUAAUUCAAUCGAAAAUUUACAAACACUUUCUCUCACAAGUCCUGUUAUUACUUCUCCUACUAGUACUGAAUUUCAAGAACAAGAAAUUCACUUUAGUCACAAAAAUGUCCCUGACUCUCAUUUAUUAUCAGUGUCUUCUAAAGUGAAUUAUCGACCUCAUAGGUCUUGUUCUCCUCUUCCAUUAUACCCAGAAGGCACCUUAACAAAAAUAUCUCCAGUAAGUGCAUCUGGGAAAAUCUCUCUUCCUGAUCAUAAUGAUAAUAUAGUUAAGAAAAAUUCUGAUUAUGAAAGUGAAGAGGUAGAUGAUGUAGAAUAUUAUGAUGCUGAAGAAGAUUUAGAUCAAGAUGAUGAACAAUUUCUAGAAUGUGAAAGAUCAAAAUCCCCACAUUCUUUAAAAAACAAUUUUAUAAAAAGAAAUAUACAUGAUUGUUCAUCACUUACACUUCAUUUAUCUUCUCAAAUCAAAGAAGAUACAUUAUUAACACCAGUCAUUGAUCAGCCAAAAGAACAAUUUGGUAAUUCUCCAUUAACUCCUAUUGUUUCUUUACUUAGAGAAAGCGAUGAUCAGCCUUCUGAAGGAAGCUCUCUGACUCCUGUAAUGGAUGAUAACUUAACAAGUGAUAUUUUAACAGAUCAUCCUAGUAGAGAAAAAACUGAUAUUUCAAAAGAUCAAGAUAAAAAAAUGCAAAUAAGACGUACAGGAAAUAAAUGUCCUUUAUUAUAUAUUUCAAAAGACGAUUCUCAUCUCAAUGUCAAUCCAGAACUGAAAAGUCCACCAUCAAUUUCUGAAAUUAGUUUGCCUGAGAGAGUAUCAUCAUCCUGUUCAAAUGCAUUACCUGAUAGCUGUGCUGCAGUAACAUCACCUCAAGAUGGUUCACUAUCUAUGAGGUUACGAGAAAUUUUAAUGACACGCUCAAGUCAGGAAUCUCUUCACAGUAUUCCAGAAGGCAGUUAUUUUGGUUUGGGUAGACAUCGUGAUGGAUCAGAUUUAGGUAUUAAUUAUCAGAUCCGCAGAAUUGAACUUGACGAUGGGCAGAUUCUAUAUUGUUUAUGGGUGGCUAGAGAUAUGGAAGAGAGUUAUGAUGGUCAUCCAUAUAAUACAACAUGGACAUCAAAUAGUUUCAAUAGUGCAUCCACCAUUAGUGUUGAUACACCAACAGCAUUUGUUGGACAAAGUCCUCGUGAAUGGGUGGAAUCUCAAAAUUUUAGUCAGCCACAAUCGGUAACUGAACCUCUUGAUACAGAAUAUGUUUCUGGUGAGUAUGUUGAGAAAUAUGUAACAUUACAACAAAUAGGAAAGGGAGCAUUCGGUUGUGUAAAAAUGGCUUAUCGUAACUCGGAUCACUUACUGGUUAUUACCAAAUUUAUUUGUAAAGCAAAAGUAUAUGAAGAUUGUUGGGUAUUUGAUAGUGUUUUGAUGAAACGUGUGCCUCUUGAAGUUAGCCUUCUUACAACACUCAAACAUCCAAACAUAAUAGAGGUGUUAGAUGUAUUUGAAAAUGAAAAAUAUUUUCAAAUGGUAAUGGAGAAGCAUGGUUCAGGAAUGGAUCUGUUUGAAUUUAUUGACAGAAAUCCUAAUUUGGACGAACCACUUGCAAGUUAUAUAUUUCGGCAGGUAGUAUCAGCUCUAACAUAUCUUCAUAGUCUAAAUAUUUUGCAUAGAGAUAUAAAAGAUGAGAAUAUUAUUCUUAAUGAACACUUUCACGUAAAGUUGAUUGACUUUGGAUCAGCAACAUUUUUAGCACCUAAUCACAGUUUUUCAACAUUUUGUGGAACAAUGGAAUAUUGUAGUCCUGAAGUUCUACAAGGGAAUAGAUAUAAAGGUCCUGAAUUAGAAAUGUGGGCAUUGGGAGUUACUCUGUAUACUUUAAUAUUUGGAGAAAAUCCCUUUUUUGAUAUUGAAGAAACAAUUGCUGCUGUCCUUAAUCCACCAGCCGAAUUAGCUAAAAAGACGUCACCAGAAUUGUUAGAUUUGAUAUCUAUGUUACUACAUCCGGAUCCUAAACUCCGUUGUACUCUGGAAGAAGUUGAAAAACAUCCCUGGACAAGACUUCAGGUUUCACCAGAAAAUUAUAAAUUUGAAGAAGUCGUAUGUGCAUCUGCCGCAGAAAAUAACCCUCCAAAAUAUUACAAUCCCGACAAUUUUGCCCUGUUGGACAUCGCGCCUUCCGAAAAUGCAUUUUCUUCUUCAAUAGAUCUAAGUGAAACUGAAGUAAGAAGUUGUAAAGAGGAAUUAGAAUUUUGUAACUAAUCUCCAUAACCAAAGACUAGAUCGAUUAAAAGAAUUUAAAGUUGUGGACUGUGAUAUGUUUUCAAGAUAAAUUUGAAAACAAAUUAUUGAUGGUGGGGGCUAGUGCAAAUAUAUUUUUCAUUCUAAAUGCCACCCAUAUCACUUUAUGUAAAUUAUAUAGGAUAUAUGUAAAUAAAUUUCAGUAUUAAAAAAGCACAUUAGAUAAUUAACCCUUUGAUAUACAUAUGAAAACAAUCAAUUUCAAGAAUUCUGAAUAUAUAAAUUCUUUCUAAUCUUUUAUGAUCCCAUGCACUAGUAGUGUAUGAAAUCACAUCAAAAAGAAAAGCAAAAACUGUAUUUAAAACAUUAAAAGAAAAUCCAAAUCAUCUUUUAUCAAAAGUUGAACUAUGCAAAAGCUUUCUUUGCAAUAACUGACUGAAUAGAAAAAACUUAAUUUCAUAUAUCAAAGGGUUAGAAAUUCUUUUUGGCAUCUACAGAGAACACACAUUUUAUAACUUAUUUAACUGUAGAAAAUUUAUUUCACUCAUCAAUCAGUUAUCAGUUAACUGUGAUUAUUGCAAACAUUCCACUGAAAAGUUUACAAUAUAUUAUAUACUGUGUCCCAAAAGUAAUGCUAAUUUUAGAAACUCAAUAAAAGUAAUUUUGAUAAUUGUCUGUAAUUACAUACAGAUGAUUUUAUUUAUAUGACUUAAUUUCCUUAUUAGGAAAGUUUAUUAUUGAUGCAAUGCUUUCAGUAUAUUGACGAAUUUAUACAAUGAUGAUAAUGCUCAUAAAGAUCUCAAAAUACCAAAUUUACAAUCAAUCUCAUAAUCCUUAUAUUUUGAAAGAAGUUCCUAUGACCCCAUUGCCAAUAUUAGAUUUAUAUAAGUAAAUUUAUUUGCAAGUUUUUUCACAACACAUCUUAUAUUGUUGAAAAUAUUUGUAUUAUUAUUAUUAUUCUUCCAUAAUUUAUUCUAUAUAGCAUUACUUUUAGGAUACAUAUUAUAUAAUGUGCAUGUAAAAUAAUUUAUUUUAUCACUAUAAAUUAUUUUACUUGUAUACUUAUAGUAUACGGUGCAGUAUAGAUAAAACAAUAAUUUACUAGUAAUUAUGAAAGUUAUAGAUUUGAAACUUAUAAAAAGUUUAAUUUUUUAGUGAUACAAAUGUUUU